CUCCCCGUACUUCAGGCCUGGGCGUCGGCAGCGCGUUCACGUCUGCUGCGUAGGAACCAAACAUCACAUUACUCACCCAAAUCUGGGUUUAUUACGUAAAAAAAGAAAUAUAACUUAUCAAAAUGCUUUCGGCCACGCUCGACAGCAGUGGCUCCCCAAAGAAACGAGCCUUUUCUCGGGCAGUGAGCGAAGACGAGUCCCUCCGAAGCUUUAUAAAGGAGGCUGAGAGUUCAUCCAGGCGUUUGGCACGAAGUGACAGUCGAGCAGGGACAUUGAAAAAGAGGACUGAGAGUCAGACUGAACAAGAACUCUUCACGGGACUACCAGAAAUGCUGGAGCUCCAGGCAAGCUACGAGGAGGCUGUGGCAGAGCUGCGUGGGCUAGAGGUGGAGCGCGACACACUGCUGUUUCAGGUGGACGUGCUGCAGGACUCUCUGGAGGGAGUGGAGGAGCUGCUGGCAGAGACCCAGAGAGAGGCAGGGCAGGCCAACGCUGAGCUGGAAAGAGAGCGAGAAGCCCGGAGGAAACUGGAGGGAAUGGUCAGCUCUUUAAUGAAAGAAGUGGAGAGGUUGAAAGAGGAAAGAAAUAAUACUCUCACUGAUAAAGGAAGUCAGAACGACACCAUUAGACCCAUACUGCCCUCUGCUGGUGACAUGGAGAUUGUUGUGGAAAAGAUUCGAAAGUUUGUGAGUAUGUCUCCGAUGCGUGUGCCGUCUUUGGCCUUGGACAGGCCCGCGUCUGAGGAGGGCGUUCUGCAGAGGCCUUGUGAAAAUGGUGUAGAUGAUGAAAAGACGGAUUCGGACAGCAUUAGUGCCUACGAGGACGCUCCUUCCGACACUCCUGACAACGACAGGCUGUUUCCAGGAGAGGACGCCACUGCAGACCUGCCCCACGAUUCAGAGAACACAGCUGAAAAGCAACCAGAGGCGUGUGUGGUUUCUUAGGGGAAUGUUUUGGUCUGUAUUUUGUUUGUUGAUAUCAGACGAAGGGCCACUGCAAAAACUGUAUCAGGGCAAUUUAGUAAAAGAGGGAGUAUUAUGCGAAAUCUUUUUUUUUUUUUUGCUUUCUACCAUGCUAUAACGUUGUUCUUUCAUCAAAAACAUGCUUGAAGAGGUUUUAGAUGUCAUCCUUGCAUGUUUCAGUAAUCUAGCGAUCUCUUCUGGGCCCUAUAGGGAGGAGUGACUUAGCCUGGAGAGCAAAGGAAAACAUGUUAAUACGCUGUUUUUGCUGAAUAUAUAGUGUACCAUAGAAGAACCAAUGAACCAUAUAGCUUUAGUUUCAUAAAUACUCUUCUCUUUCAAAGAAGCCAAAAUAAUAAGGGACCAAUGUUUUUAAGGGAAAAAUAACUGAAUUGCAGGGGCCAUAAUUCUGACCAAAUUUCAAGAAUUUUUUUAACUGUCUUUUCUUACCCCUACUAAUAGUUUUUACAGUGGUCCUAAUGUUUUUCAGACUUAAGUGUUUCUUUAAAUUUACAUUGUACCAAGACUGUUAAUUUCACUGUAUAUUAAUAAUAAGCAUAUAUUAUUGAAAUCCUUCCCUACGAUGAAUCUCAGGAUCAAAUUUGUUUACUUGCCAAAUUGUCAAUUUGUCAACUUAAUCUUUUUAAUGUGUCUUAAGAUUUUUUUUUAAGUUUUUACUUGUAGAACAAAAUGUUCCUUUGCCUUUUUAUGGAUUUUCAUUUUUAAGGGUUGAUGAUCUUGGAGCGAUCAGGGACACGAAACAAAAGAUUAAAGUGUAUCCAAAACACAGUUAAGCUCCAAAGGUAUUCUGCCCUCAAAUAUCAAACAAGGGAAUUUUCACACUGUACAGUACUGAGCAAAGGUCUUGAAGAUAAGUAUAUGCCAAGGCACUGGUCCUAUCUCGCAAUUAAUCAGCUAUGUACACAUUACAUAGACCAAGAUUCUUAUCAUUGAGGUGAAAUCUUGUUCCUUGGAAUUCCAGUAAAGUAACAAUCAGAGUUGUGUUUAUUAAAGCUAAAUCUUAUUUUAUCAUCACUUUUGCCCAGUGCUUUUCAUUUGGCCAAAAUGUUUUCCAAGAUAUUUCUGUAUAGGUUUAAAAGGGUUUUAAUUUUAUCUGCUUGACAUUAUACUUUUUAUUUAGGUUUUAGGGAUAUUGGUUGCAUAAGCACUUUUUUAAUGGUGGCAGUAACUUAAAUAUAUAAUACAUUCCUAAAUCCCUUUAAUAAUAACCAAACAUGAUUAAAAAGAUGGGUUUUGUCCUGCAUUUUUGCACAAUUGCAGUGAUAAUAAUCUUUGCUGUAACACUUUGUAUUUGAAUAUCAGUUUUUAAUGUUUUAUAUAAUAUUGAUUUUUUUUACAGUUCACUUUGUAGCGGUUUGCAUGAGCACAUAAGAUUGUACGUGGAUUUCAGAGCAUGUCAUGAAGUAAUGAGUUCUCUCAAUAUUUUUGCACGCAGUUUAAACAGAUCCUGUUUAUCAUGGGGGCUGCAUAAUAUUAGAUUAGUAAGUAUAUAAAUCAGGGUUUAAUAUGUGUGAACAUUUAGUGACUAUUAACCAGGAUUAUCUGAGAAAGGUUUAUGAAGUUAUGACCUAUAUCGUUUAAUUAUCUUUACAAAUCAGUAAUUCUUAUGUUUAGGUAGUGUUUAAGAUUUAAGAUGCACCAAAAUAGCCUAAACUUGGUUCCUUUGUCGAUUCUAAGCGUAUGUGAUAAUUUUGUUAAAAAAAGAACAUUAAAUAGUAUAUUUUUUAUUUUGAUAUUGUGCAGCCUGAUCCAUAAGACUCAAUACUACAAUAAUAUUAACAUAACUCUAUUUAAGUACAUUUACUGCCAAACCACUGUCAUGUCAUUUCAUCUGGUGGAUGUUCAGAAUUAGUAGAACCUAUUGAUGCAGAGAGCUGUGGGUCAUGUGACUGGGUCCUAUGUACCUCAGGCCUUUUUUUUUAUGAUGCUGGUUUCACAACAGCAACCUCAAGACUCAGCUAAACUUGUUCAUGAUAUUAGAUACAAAAAAGAAGUUUAAAAAGAAGCAAUGAAUUUUAAAUUCUCUCCUCGGAGCAUCUCUGACCAGGGUUGUAUCAGAAUUGACCAAGCCUCGGAGGAGGAAGUGAAAUGUCUUAACUUGCUUAACUUACUAAUGCUUCUUUGAAAAUGUUAGGUUUUGUUUUCACUGUAGAUUUGGUUUGAACUCCUGCAUUUCUUUUUCAAAUAGGGCUGGGCAAUAUGGAAAUUUAAAAAAAAAAUCUUUUCUGGUAUUGAUCCAUUGGUUUCUUAUGGGAAAAAAAACUUUCUUUUUUACAAUACAUUUAAACUACAUGCCUUUACUGACAGAGGAUUGGUUAUAUACCUCCUCGCCAACAAAUGAGAUCUGUAAAUGAUUACAUUUAAAUCUUAAAUCAAAUUUGAUGAAUUUUCCGUCCCUAUGUUCAGCAAAUAUUUUUACCUUACCACUUAUGAACGGCUGGCCUGUCAAUUCUGGUUGGUUACAUCUUUAGCAGUUGUGUUUACAUGUGAUCCAAUAACAUGCUGGUGACAUUAAAGGAACAACGCUGCCUUAAGAAGCAUAUGUAUGAAAUAAUCACAUUUGCUGGGACACUUCCUCUGAGACAAUCCACAGUUUUGUCAUUUGAUUUUCACUUUUAUCACAGUUGUUUUACUACUGAAUCUGCCUGACCUCACAUUUUAUAUCAUGAUUUUAAUGUGUCAUUUUUAUUACUUACCAAAUCACUGAAAAUGUGUGUGUUUGUAUCACUUUAUCCAAGCCUCACUUAAAUGUGCUGUUUGUGACAUGAAUGGAGUUGUAAUUAAAACUCAGAAACAGAUCAGAA